AAGUUGUCUUUCAUGUGAUGGCUUUUCUGGUACCAUAUUCUUCCUGUCUUUUGUUUCUUGUUAUACUGCCACAACCAUUUCCUGCCACUGCUGAAUCUUACACGAAAAUAACUUUAGGCUUAUCUCUCACCGCAUCGAACAACGAUUCCUGGCAAUCGCCAUCUGGUGAAUUUGCGUUCGGUUUCCAGCAGGUGGCAGAUGAUGGCUUCUUACUAGCAAUCUGGUUCGACAAAAUACCUGAAAAAACCAUCCUUUGGUCAGCCAACAGAAAUAAUCUAGUGCAAAGAGGGGAUAAAGUUAAGCUCAUGAAAGAUGGCCAAUUAGUGCUUAAUGACCGAAAAGACAAACAGAUAUGGCGUGCUGAUACUGCUGGUAGCAGGGUGGCCUAUGCAGCUAUGCUUGACAGUGGAAACUUUGUCCUGGCAAGACACGAUUCAGUCAAUUUGUGGGAGAGCUUCCGGGAACCGACUGACACUGUAUUGCCUACACAAACUUUCAGUCAAGGGAGCAAACUUGUUGCUGGUUACUCCAGCAUGAAUCGCUCAACUGGAAGAUAUCAGUUCACUCUACAAUCUGAUGGGAAUCUUGUGCUUUACACCCUAGCUUUCCCAAUAGGUUCUGUUAAUUCUCCCUACUGGUCAUCUAAAACUGAAGGCAAUGGGUUUCUUUUGAGCUUCAACCAGUCUGGCAACAUUUACCUUGCAGCAAAAAAUGGAAGGAUGCUAGUCAUGCUUUCAUCAGAUCCUCCACCAACUAGUGACUUUUAUCAUAGAGCAAUUCUUGAGUAUGAUGGGGUUUUUAGGCAUUAUGUCUACCCGAAGAGCAUGAAUCCUGGUGCCGCUGGCUGGCCUCUGACAUGGUCUCCUCUGACCUCUUCCUUCAUACCUCCAAACAUCUGCAUGAGUAUUCAAGAAAAGAAUGGUUGUGGAGCUUGCGGAUUCAACAGCUACUGCAAUCUUGGAAAUGACCAGAAACCAAAGUGCAGCUGUCCACCGGGGUAUACCUUCUUGGAUCCCAAUGAUGUGAUGAAGGGAUGCAGGCAAAACUUUGUUUCGCAGAAUUGUGAAGAAGCAUCACAAGAAACAGAACUUUUCUACUUGGAGCAGAAGGAAAAUACAGACUGGCCACUGUCUGAUUCUGAACACUUUAGUACAGUAACUGAGGAGUGGUGCAGGAAGGCUUGCUUGAGUGAUUGUUUUUGUGCUGUUGCAAUUUUCAGAGAUGGGAAUUGUUGGAAGAAGAAAAUCCCGUUGUCUAAUGGGAGGUUUGAUCCCAGCGUUGGAGGAAGAGCGUUGAUAAAAAUACGGCAAGAUAACACUACUUUGAACCCUGCAGAUGAUGAUGUUCCAAAAAAAAAAAGUCGUUCGACUAUAAUCAUCAUUGGAUCACUGUUGGUAAUUAGUUCUGUGUCUCUUAACUUUCUCUUCAUCCUAAGAGCUUUUCUGGAUGUUCUCCAAUUUGGCUAUGGGAAAACAAAGAAGCUUUACUUAGAGCCAACCGAUCCAGGUGUAACUCUUCGAAGUUUCACUUUCAGUGAACUAGAAAAGGCCACAGGUAAUUUCAAGGAAGAACUUGGUAGUGGAGCUUUUGCAACAGUUUACAAAGGGACUCUAGAUUUCGACGAAAGAACUUUUGUCGCAGUUAAGAAUUUGGACAAGAUGGUGAGAGACUGUGAGAAAGAAUUCAAAGCUGAGGUGAAUGCAAUUGGGAGAACAAAUCACAAGAAUUUAGUGAAACUAAUAGGAUUCUGCAACGAAGGGGAACAUCGCCUUCUGGUUUAUGAGCUCAUAAGAAAUGGCAACUUGGCAAAUUUCCUAUUUGGAAAUCCAAGACUUAAUUGGUUCAAAAGAAUGCAGAUUGCUUUUGGAGUUGCAAGAGGACUCUUUUACUUGCAUGAAGAAUGCAGCACACAGGUCAUACAUUGUGAUAUAAAACCUCAAAACAUUCUUCUUGAUGAAUCUUUCAGAGCUAUAAUUUCUGACUUUGGAAUAGCCAAGCUAUUGAAGGCAGACCAGACUCGAACUUUGACUGCGAUUAGAGGAACUAAAGGGUAUUUGGCCCCCGAAUGGUUUAAGAACCUGCCUGUUACUGUCAAGGUAGAUGUCUACAGCUUUGGAAUUUUGUUGCUAGAGCUCAUUUGUUGCAGGAAAAAUUUUGAACCAGAAGUGAAGAAUGAAGAUCAGAUGGUUCUGGCUUACUGGGCAUAUGACUGCUACAGAGAUGGGAAAGCAGGCCUGCUCGUGGCAAAUGAUGAUGAUGCAGUGCUUGACAUGAAGAGAGUGGUGAAGUUUGUGAUGAUUGCAAUCUGGUGCAUUCAGGAGGAUCCAUCACUGAGACCUACUAUGAAGAAAGUCACUCUGAUGCUGGAAGGAACUGUUGAAGUUUCUGCUCCUCCGGAUCCAUCCUCGUUUAUUAGCUCAAUCGAAUCGUUUUGA